AUGCCCAAGGUAUGUCCUGUGUUACGUUCCUGAGCUGUAUCCAGUAGAUACUUCCCCCCGCACUCACUUAGCCUUUCGAUUACCCUGACGAGCUAUUUAUAUGUGUGCACCCCUGCCUCGCCUUAUUUCAACCUCACCUCGUUGGCGCUGAGUUCCUGAUUUCCCACCCCAUAAAAAAGACAGCCCCAGUUCUUCCUAAAUUAUCUCUUAUCUCGAGGAUACACAACUCCCGUGCUGUGUUUUGGCUGGUCAACAGGUAUGAUUCCAUCUGACCUCCUCUUUAAGCUAGCCGAAGGCUAAGCUUUCUAAACAGACUAGCUAUUUGAAUCCUUCAAACACGCCCAACACCUCGUCUCACAAAACUCACAUAUCCACACUACCAGCAACAGAGUCUACCUCCCCAGGCCGUUCGAACACCCUCGGACAAUAAACACCCCCGGGCCAGAACUCCUUCUAUCGCCCACUACCCAAGGAGAAGCUUGCCCAGGCCUCGCCGAAGCCAUCAGCAACAUAACAGCCACCCGGGGCAUGUCGGGCGAAACUUACAUCCCAGGCGGGUCAGUCGGUGAAUAUGCUCAAUACAGCUAUCCAGGCUAUGAUUUCCGCCCCACCGAUCCCCGAGUCGAGCGUAUGCUAGAAGACUUCGAAAGAUCCGAAAUCGAGGAGUGGGAGUUCUACACGAUGCAGUUCUACGAAAUAUUCGGGAGUCGGUGUAAUCAGCUCGAUGCAGAGAACGAGCUGUACGAUAGGUUGGUGAGCGAUGCGAUAAUGUUUCAGAUAGACGGAGGGUUCCAAGGGAGGCCACUGGGCGAGGCGCUGUUGGAGGAUCUGGAGAGGUACGAGGAGGAGGAGGAGGCGUUUUGGAUGAUGAGGGGGAUCGCACAGACGUAUGGAUUGUGGGAUGAAGAGUAUUUCCAGACGUGGCGGCGAGGCCCAUGGUGGAAGAGUACAUGCCACUCGGGGUGUGAGGAGAUAGAAGCGAACGCCACCUUUCAGCCGGUGCACCCGAGAGAUAUCGAACUGUUUGAGAAGGUGCUCUGGUGGAAAAUGCGUGAGCACUACGAGGACGGGACACCCUGGCAAGAGCUCUUCGGAUGCCCAAAUCAGUGCAUCGAGCCCCAGAAACCCACUCAUGAGGAUAUGAACCCAGCCAUGUCCGAAGGCAUGGAGCACUUGGUAAAUUACCCCCAACCUUCAUUUUACAUAACGCGCCAAAACUCUCCUAACUUUGUCAGGACCCCGAUGACGACGACCCAGCCAGUUCAAGAAGUGAAUGCAGCCAAAACAGCGUCUACCAGGACUUGCCGGAGGAGGAUCCCGACUGGGUCAAACUGGAUGAAAGGGAGCAUAUAGCUCUACCACCAUCGCCUAGUCCUGUAGUAGAGACUUACUUUAUCGAAAUACCCAAGAUUCUUGAGCCUGGGAUUGGGAAAGAUGAGUCCUGGGCACUGAUCGUAUCUUCAUAGUGGAAAAGGUUCUGCGGCCGGGGGGGGAGGGGUUAGACAUAACAAGGCAAUGAGUGGAGCUACCGGAUUUAUGUCACAGCGGGGGGCAAAAAUACACUCAUGCCCAGUUUUCGCCAUUCCAACCCUAUCGUAUUUUCGCCCCCCGCUGAAGCAUGAGACGCACGUAGACUUUCUUUUUUUCCUUGCAGUCUUUUGCUUCCUUACACCUACCGAGAAAGGGACAGGAAAUUGUUUAGACUAUAGUAUUAUGGGAUAAAUGUUACCGACGUUUCCUU